AUGAACCGGCUGCACGUGCUGCUGCUGGCCGGCGCCCUUCUCUGGGCCGUUGUGACCGGGAUCAUAUUCCUGCAGAUCAGCCAGAAUCGUUUGUACGCCGCCUUGCAGUCACAGGCAGUCGCGCUGGAACGAGACGUGCGCUCGCAGCUCGGCUCUAACGACGAAGUGCUCGACCAGCUCAAGCAGUGGAAGAAAGAGAUAGACGACGCCAGGGAAAAACCGGAGGUCAUCGCAGUACUGGUACUCGCCUGCAACAGAGUGACCGUGACACGAACGCUGAACCAGGUGAUGCGAUACCGGCCGUCCACUCAACGAUUCCCUGUCAUCGUGAGCCAGGAUGGCUACCACAACGAGACCUCCGAAGCGCUUCUCCUGUAUCAGCGGAUGUACAACUUUACCUUGCUUCAUCAGCCCGAUCAAACGAAGCUCACAGAGGGCAUGGCGGCAGUGUAUAACAUCGAGGGUUACCACCGCAUCUCGCGACAUUACAAGUGGGCGCUCACGCAAGUUUUUGAUCGUCUGAAAUACACCGCCGCCAUUGUGGUUGAGGACGACUUGGACAUUGCGCCCGACUUCUUCGAGUACUUCGCUGCGGUGCUCUCCAUUCUGCGCAGGGAUGCCACCUUGUUUUGUGCGUCUGCUUACAACGAUAACGGGAAGCGAAGUCACAUCACCUUGCAGCCGGACAUGCUGCACCGCACAGACUUUUUCUCGGGCCUAGGGUGGCUCUUGACUCGUGAGUUAUGGAAUGAAAUUGGUCCCCGAUGGCCUAAAGCUUUCUGGGAUGACUGGAUACGCCAGCCGGAACAGCGCAAAGGCCGCGCGUGCAUCCGGCCCGAAGUGUCACGCUCACGGACGUUCGGCCGCGUAGGCGUCAGCGAAGGGCAAUUCUUUGACAAGUACUUGAAAGACGUGCACCUCAACAAUGUCUUCGUGCGCUUCAGCGGCAUGGACUUAAGUUACUUGCUCCAAACUCGUUAUGAUGACGCGUUUCACAUGACGAUUAGCGAAAGCAGAGUGUACGCUUUCAAGGACAUCGGCAAGGGACUCGUUUCUCAGACACCGGCAAGGAUACAUUACGCGAACGAGAGUGAGUUCGUUGAGAUCGCGAAAGCUCUGGACAUCAUGAGCGAUUUUAAGGCAGGCGUUCCGCGCACCGCUUACAAGGGCGUUGUGAGCACUUACAUUAACGGGAUACGGUUAUUCGUAGUGCCACACCUGUGGCCGUUUGAAGCUCAUCUCCACAAGGCCAACCGACGUCGACCGAGUGGUCAGCUUCCGCGGCGGCCGCUGCCGUGA